AUGGCUGAAAAUACUGAUCGUUUUGACAGUUUCUCUACUGUUAGUAUUCACACUGGUCAAGAUACCCGCGAUGAGCUCUACAACUGCCGUAGCGGUAUCCCUCCCAUCUAUUUAUCAACGAUUUUCCGCUAUCCAGAGGCUGGCAAAGGCUUGAAUUAUGUUUAUUCUCGCGAUUUAAACCCAAAUCGAGCUGCUCUUGAAUCUGCUAUAGCCAAGUUGGAAGAUGGCAAGUACUGUAAUGCUUUCAGCUCUGGAACUGCUGCUAUAUCGGCUUUGGGAUAUCUCAUCAAGGCGGGUGAUCAUGUCAUCUGCCCUUUUGAUGUCUAUGGAGGUACUUCUAAUUUCUGGAAAAACGUUGCCAACAGAUUUAAUAUCGAAGUAAGCUUCAUCGAUACUGCAGAUAUGGAAACUCUGGAAAAGACUUUCAAAAGCAAUACUAAGAUAUUAUGGUUGGAAACACCGACAAAUCCAUGCUUACGAGUCACUGAUCUUGAAGGGGCCGUAAAGAUCGCUCGUAAACACAAGGAUAUUCUCAUCGUUGCAGAUAAUACGUUUGCGACACCAUACUUUCAGCGACCACUGUCCUAUGGUAUUGAUAUGGUAUUGCAUUCUCUAUCCAAAUAUAUAAAUGGUCAUUCUGAUGUCAUUAUGGGGGCAAUAGUCAGCAACAGCGAAGAUAUCUACCGCAAAUUGGAGUCUAUACAAAUCAAUGUUGGUAGUAUACCAAGUCCUUUCGAUUGCUUCUUGGUAAAUCGUGGCCUAAAGACGUUAUCUGUACGUAUGGAGCGCCACCAAAAAAAUGCACUGGCGAUAGCCAAAUACCUUGAGCAAUCGCCAUAUGCGAGAAAUGUAAAGUAUCUUGGCUUGCCAUCUCAUCCUCAACAUGAACUUGCAAAAAAGCAAAUGAAAGGUUUUAGCGGAAUGGUCUCAUUCGUUAUUAAUGGAACUGUUGAACAGGCUAAGAAAUUUCUACAAAGUUUGAAGGUGAUUUUAUUAACUGUCAGCCUAGGUGGUGUUGAAUCAGUAGCAGAAUUAACUCCCCUUAUGACUCGUGAGAAUGUGGAUCAAGCUGAACUUGAUAAAUUGGAAAUUUAUGAAACAUUUAUUCGACUUUCCGUCGGCAUUGAAGAUACAGCGGAUUUGCUACAUGAUAUUGAGCAAGCUUUACAUGAAGCUUUGGCUUAA